AUGGAGGUCACAUUUGCCAUCAGAGACAAGAUCGUGAGACGACUGUCCUGUCUGCCCCAGGGCAUCAACGAUCACCUGAUAAGCCUGCGUCUGCCUCUUCGGGGAUCCAACUUCGUCACCAUCAUCAUUGCUCACGACCCAACAAUGAUCGUCUCAAGCGAGGCGAAGUCCAAGUUCCACGAAGACCUGCACGCCCUCCUAGCGUCUUUGCUGAAGGCGGAUAAGUUGAUUGUCGAUGAUGACCUCAACGCCCGCGUCUAG